AUGGCGGGGCCAACAUGGCCGCCGGGCAGCCGCAGGAUGCUCCGCGACGCUGCUCCUGUCCACAGCGACAUUAGCACAAUUCGCCUACGGGCUGCACGCCACGGCACGCACCUCUCCACCGUGACCAACACUGCGAUCGAUACGACGGCCGCCGUGAUACGACGCCACCGCCGGUGCCCUGCGCGCGUGCAACAACGGCGGCGCGGGUGGGCCGAGCAGCGUGACGUCGGCCCCAUGUUCCCCGCGCCGCGCGAACGUCAACAGUGCCGCGUCACGGACGAUCGCCGCUCAACACAAAUAACAUCAACACGCGUGCCCCACCACCGGCGCUAUGAAAUACCGGGCGUCGCGCUA